AUGGCCACAUCAAGCAUUCUCACUCCACUCAAAGAGCUCAAAGUCGCCAAACAUCAGAUCCCAGCACAUGGCUUGACGCCCAACACAUCAAUCCAGAACAAACCUCUGCUAUUAUACAGAAAUGCAUUCAAGACAAACACUAGUGCGGGUCAGAUUGAAGAACACCUGACCAACGUGGGUGUAGUGGACCCAGCAUGGAGCACCUCGCACGAAGUUCUCGCCAUCUGCAAUGGAGAAGCCAAACUUUGCUUCGGGCAUGAAGACAACCCAAGCCGUGUAGAGGAAACACUGAAGCAAGGGGAUGUGGUUGUUGUGCCUGCAGGUGUAGCUCACAGACUGCUGGAAGACAUCAAAGGAGGAUUUGAGAUGGUUGGCUCGUAUCCUAGGGGAUUGAGUUGGGAUAUGUGUUAUGGAAAGAAAGGAGAGGAGAGCAAGGUUAAAGGGAUUGAGAAAUUGGGAUGGUUUGAGAAGGAUCCGGUGUAUGGAGAGGAAGGACCUGCUCUGGAGGGUUGA